AUGGCGGGUUCGAAAGACAACGCCUCGGUUGACGGAAAGGCGUCCCCAACUGAACACUACGAUGCUAAACCACAGGUCAGUGGGUCUGCCGCUGAACGACAAGAGCGGAUGGCUGCGGCUCUUGCAAUUGACCCUGGUCACAAAACUUGGAGCUGGCGUGGAAUUCAAUCCAUUCUGAUUACUCUUUGUAUUUGCUGUUGCUCUGGAGACUCUGGAUUCGAUGGUACUGUUAUGGGUGGGAUCAAUACAAUGGCGCAAUAUCAGCACUACUUUGGGAUGAGUGGUGCUGGUGCUAAGACUGGAAUUAUUUUUGGUAUCUUCACCGUCGGGGCGCUCGUCGGGGCUAUUCCAGCUGCUUACCUUCCAGAUCGAUUUGGUCGCCGUGCUUCUAUGUUCUUUGGUAAUUCAAUCCUCGUCAUCGGAGCCGUCGUGACUGCAACUGCAACUCAUCGUGGAACAUUCAUUGGCGGUCGCUUCCUAACGGGUCUGGGCGUCGGUUGUGCGGGUGCUUCGGCGAAAUCAUACUUGGUUGAGAUCGUUCCGCCGCAGACUCGAGGCUUCUGGCUUGGGGUGCUGAACUCAUUCUAUUAUGUCGGGUCAAUGACGGCCACGGGUAUGAUGGUCUCUACUGGUCGUUGGAGCAAUGAGCUCUCUUGGCGUCUCCCACUUUACAUUCAGGCUGUUCCCGCUGGAAUCAAUGUGCUAUUCGUCUUCCUUUGCCCCGAGUCUCCCCGCUGGCUGUAUGCGAAUGGACAGAAGGAUAAAGCUCGCGCCAUUCUCGCCAAGCUUCACUCGGCUACGAAUGACCCGUAUUCGCCUGUCGUAGAGAUUGAAAUGGAAGAAAUAGAAGAAAAGACAAGCCUGGAUGGCACAGAUAAACGAUUCUGGGAUUUCAGGAGUCUUUUCAGGACAGCAACCGACCGUUACCGAACUUACAUGGUUAUCAUGAUUGGUGCUUUUGGGCAACUAUCUGGGAACGGCUUGAUUACCUACUUCCUCCCAGUACUCCUAGAACAAGCUGGCAUUACGUCACAAAAUAAGAGGCUCACACUAAACUUUGUUAACUCUGUGACCUCUAUGAUUGGCGCACUUACCGGCUCCGUGCUGAUCGAUCGCCUUGGUCGCCGGACUCUGCUUCUCGGAAGCACUACCACUCUCGUGCUGAUGCUUGCAAUUAUUAUCGGACUCCUCAGCUCGAAUGGAAAUAGCACUCAAGCUAAUGCUGGGAUUUCAUUUAUCUACUUGUUCAUGGUCAUAUUUUCCUUCGGCUGGACGCCUACUCAAGCAUUGUAUCCGGCCGAAGUGCUCAGCUAUCAAUCUCGCGCAAAGGGCCUUGCUUUCUUGAACGUAGUUACCCAAGCAUCUUCUUGUAUCAAUACAUUCGGCCUCCCUGUUGCUCUUGAGAAACUCGGAUGGAAGACUUAUAUCAUCUUCUUGGCUUGGGAUUCUUUUGAAGUGGUCAUGAUAUACAUGUUCGUUGUGGAAACUAAGGGUCUCACUCUCGAGCAGAUCGACGAGGUGUUUUCAGAGCCUAAUCCGCGCAAAUACAGUGUGGAACACGCUGCAACAUUGAAAGCCAGGAAGAAUCAGACGAGUGCCUGA